AUUUCACCCGAUGGCACACUACAAUAAUCAAUCUGGAACGUGAGGACACUGGAACCUACAAAUGUACAGCCAGCAAUUACAUUGGUAUCAUUACUGCUGUGGCGCAAGUACUUCCGACGUUCGUGACAACGCCAGAAAAUCUGACAACGAAAAGUGGAAGUUUGGCAAGACUGCGUUGUGUAGCGGAAGGUUCUCCAGCGCCUGUUAUCACGUGGUUCAAGGAUGGCAACACUGUAACUCCAGCGACACGAUUCUCAAUACUUGAAGGAGGAUCCACUCUGGAAAUCCGCGACCUGAAAGAGUCAGACUCCGGCUUGUACACCUGCCUGGCGCAGAACCAGGUGGGUUCGGCCGAGGCGAAUGCGGACCUGCGCGUGAAGGGCUUCGGCAGUCGACCGCCGCGCAUCCUGUUGAGGCCCUACCCCAUCUCGGCGCCCCUAGGCACCAGCAUUGAGCUGCCCUGCAAGGCAGAUGGUGACCCCGUGCCUGUUAUCACCUGGCAAAGGGAUGGCGUCAAGCUGGUUCCGGACAGGACUCACAA